AUUGUGUUAAAAACUGUAUUGUGUCCACAUCACCUGUGCUCUGUGAGUUGGCAUCGAAAGGUGGGCUGUCGUGGUGACAUCGGGGCCGCGCCUCUCUGAUUGGACAGGGGGGUGAUCACGUGACUACAAACUGCCCAAAUAACGACGUUUUAAUUCGAAACGAUGAGCAUCCCGGUGGUCGACUUUAGCGUGGCUAGUCUCAGCGUCGAGGAUAUGUCCAGUGCAGACCUUCACCAACUGAGCAGAGAGUUAAAAGUAGCUUUUAUGGAAGUGGGCUUCGUCUUCUUGAAGAACACUGGCAUCACGCAGGAGGAGGUGGAUCAUGUGAUGGAUGCUUCUAGAAGGUUCUUCCUGCAGCCAGAUCAGCUCAAGAGGUUGUUCGUGAGGAAAUCCUUCCCAAUCAAUCCCUACCACGGCUGGGUAGCCAUGGAAACUGAAAGGUUACAUCCAGAAAAACCGGGAGAUCUAAAAGAGGCGUUUAACCUGACUUCACUGCAUCCUGACAUAAAAUGGCCCUCAUCCGAGGCGGCCCCGGGAUUCCAGGAGACCCAGAUGACUUUUUUCCACCGCUGCAAAGAGCUGAGCCUGCGCAUUUUGAGGGUGAUGGCCCUCAGUCUGGAUGUGGACCCCGAUAUCUUCCUGAAUGCACACCGCCUGAUUGGAACCGAAGAGAACUACACAACGCUACGUUCGUCCUACUACCCGCCGGUGAACAGUGAGCAAGCCAAGGAGGGUCAGCUGCGAUGCGGAGAGCAUUCCGACUGGGGGAGCAUCACUUUGCUUUUCCAGAACGCUGAGGGUCUCCAAGUGCGCCGUCGUUCCCGCGAGUUCAUCUGCGUUCCUUCCGUGCCCGGAACCGUUCUCGUCAACAUCGCCGACAUGAUGCAGCGUUGGACCAGCGACCAUUUUGUCUCUGUGCCCCACAGAGUUUUACUCCCCCCGGCCGGCGACUGCAGCAGCACCCGACAGUCUCUGGCUUUCUUUCUCCACCCCGACAACGAGGCCGUGGUCAGCUGCAUCGACGGAUCCGACAAGUACCCCCCGUUGCGGCCGAGCGCCUACGUCAAGGAACGCGAAUACGACUCCUAUGGGCGGGCGUAAUGCACCCCCCCCCCCCAGGCCCCGGGCCCACCCAAACCCGCUCACUGCUUUACUGCCGCUAGUCCAACGUAAUGAGAAGUUAGUUGAAUCUGGCGCCAACAAUGGGCCUUCCUCACCACCCUGCGGGCAAACUUUUGAGGCCACGCCUCUUGCAUGCACUGUGUUUCAGUACUGCACUAUUGCAUUGAAUAUCCCCACACAGACUACACCAAUCCAAUUAUUAGUGGGUAGACAGAUUUGGUGCCCAAUAAAGAUUGUGAGACAAUUUUGGGGGAUUUGUUGUCUCAGAUGCAAGCUUGUAAUUAAAUUAAA